AUGUCCCGGUACCGGCAUGGAUCGCCUCGAUAUACGAUACAAGGGGAAAAUUACUCAUAUAAACCACACACUCCGGGAACGCAAGAUGAUUUGAAGGAACAUUUGCGGAAGUUGGGGUUUUACCGAGAGCCACCUACACCUGAACUACUCAGCGAGGCACAGGAAGUGUACCACAAACUCAAAUGGCAGUCACCGGAAGACGAUUAUGGUAAUCCCCUCCCCUGCCCACCAUCCAUAUCAAAAGAAGGACUAUUGGAUGACGAUGUAUUAGAUGAGCUUGACACGCAUGCACUCGAGACCGGAUCGAGCUACCUAACUCAUCGUAUUGCACUUCUAGUAGAAUUCCUCAUUCGCCCAGCCGAGACAGACGUGGAGAAGGCCAGAGUUCUCACGAGAUGGCUAGCUCGAUGCUUGGACGACGAUUACAUCAGAGACCUUCCACGAUCCACAUGGAGCCACGCGGAAUCCACCGCGAUGUACCUAUGGAAACUACGAAGACGUGAAAUUGAUUAUGAUGAACUUUUCCACGUUCUUUGCAAACACGCCGGACUUAAGUGUUUCGCUGUGACGGGAUGCGUUCGGAACACAAUAAAAUACGAGGUCGGAGACGAUUUCAAGGAACAGAAAAAAACAUGGACAGUUGUGCUCCUGGAUGGACAAUGGCGUGUGAUGGACGUCCGUUGGAUCUGCGAAGCGGCGUAUGGCGUUCUGAAGAACAACUGGCGUCUUAUCGAAGACGAAAACGGCAAAGUCAGUCAGCGACGUGCCAUGCGUGAAAACAGAGGAACUUUCAAGACGCACGUGCGGUUCCGGGAUUACUACUUCUUGACUGAACCGGAAAUGUUUAUCUACGACCAUUUUCCAGACGAUGAGAAAUUCCAGUUGCUGGCACGACCACUGACGUAUGAGGAAGCAAAGGAAGCAGCCGCCUUAAGAUCAGACUUCUUCAGACAUGGCCUUUACCUUAGAUCCCAUCCAACGUGCCGUGUGCAUUGCCCAGAUGGAAUUGUCACGUUUGUACUGGGAAUGAAAAAGAAGAAGAGCAUGGCAUUUGUUUAUAAACUGUACAGAUCCAAAGGGAGCCGGGAGGUGGCUUCUACUUCGCGAAACACCCUGGAUAGAUACGUGUUUCUGGAACGUGACAUCGAGGAGGGUGACAUUAGCGCUACAAUCAGGUGCCCAGUGGAGGGUCAGUAUCUGUUCGAGUUACACGGAAGUGAAACUAAUGAAACACACCAUGCUCUGUUAGUGACGUACAUCAUAGAAUGUACUGGAACAUCUGCCAGUUGUAAACCGCUACCACCAAAUAUGAGGCAGGAGUGGGGUCCAGGAGAGGACACCAAAGAUAUGGGGAUGACUGCUGUCACACACAAAAAGGGGGAGGUAGAGGCGGAAGACGGAGAUGCAGAAAUAAAAUUCACUUUACAGAAAGACUUAGAGUUCCGUCAUGACCUCAUUCGGGGAGAAAAAGACGAACCAGUAUCCAGCCGACAUAUCAUGCAUUCGAUAGAAAACGGAAAGAUGGCAAUCAAUUUGAGACUGCCUGAACCUGGUGAGUACUCAUUGAAUGUCCUUGCAAAAGAAAGGCAUAAGAAAACCAGGUUUGCUCCGGCAUGUAGCUACCUUGUGAGCUGCCAGGACGAACCAAUUCAAACAAAACCCUUUCCUGACAUAGAGGAGGGAAAUCAUCUCGGACCAAACGAAGACUUCCGGAAGAUGGGCUUUUCUGAGGAAGACCCAUGGCCAUCGUACAUAAGUAAUCUUGUGACAGGAGAGUUCCGAAUGCACAUCAAAAGACCCCCAGGUGUGUACGUAUUCGCCACACUUGUUUUUGAGGAGGGGACUAAGAAGGAGGCGUAUGACAAUUACGUCAUGUGUGAUACACAGGAUGACACUGUGACCAUCACAUGCAUCUUCCCUAAGCACGGAUCAUACAAACUCACAGUGUUUGCACGACCACCAAAUAUCAGCAGUGCUGAAGGUAUACCUAUUUAUGUUAAAAUCAUUGACGUUGUUCUUCCGACACUUACUGGAAUGCCAUCCCCGAUCCAGACUCCAGCUCCCGAAUGGUGUCUAGGCUAUAGACUCAAGGCACCACGGACCUUCUACCUCUUGGCACACGAAGUACACAAAGUGUCUCUGGCCAUGCCCGAGGCCCGUGCGGUCGCGGUGAAAGACCACCCUGAAUGUAAGCUGAAACAGACGGACGGACGGUUCUGGGAGGGAUACGUGCGAACAGGACCACCCGGAGACAUGGUAGAAAUCCUGGCCACUGGUCGGACGGAGGAAGUGCCAUUUAGAGUCUUUACUUACGAGGUUGUAUCCAAGGAGGAUUCUCUACAGAUUGAAAUGAAACAAGAGCAACUCUUCCAGAAAGCAUUGGAUGAGCUACGAGCCCUUGAAGAAGAAAAACAAAUGCGACUUACCCAGCGUUUGAUGCAAGCUAUCAAGCAACGAGACCGGACAAAGGUUCUGAAAUGGCUGACACGAAUGAGAGAGGUCAACGCGGAGAAAAUGGCGGCCGAAAUCACAAACGGCGAAGCAGUGUUGAGAGAAUUGGAAAUUGAGGAGGAACGUAUAAUAUGUCGCAAGGAGUUACGAAGGGCCACCCGCGCCUCCGAAGGAGGAGCUAUAGAGGCCGCUCUAGAGAAGUGCCGAGCGUUACAAUUAGAAGAGGAAGAUGGUGAUAUAACAUCAGCAAGGGAAAUUCUCUCAAAUAUGCUGGGAAGAAAAGUCCCAAAGCAAGAAGUUACCGAGCAAGAGAUCGUAGCAACUGUAAGCAAGCCUCGGGAAACAUACCAGCAGCCAUUAAAUGCAAACAAAAGCUUUGAAGCUGGAAAUAGAAGUUUUGAUGCAGGGAACAGGAGCUUUGAUGCAGGAAAUAGGAGCUUUGAUGCAGGGAACAGGAGCUUUAAUGCAGGAAAUAGGAGCUAUGACGCUGGAAAUAGAAGUUUUGACACUGGCAAUAGAAGCCUAAAUGAUACUGCUCCGAUUCACCUAGUAAGCAAAAACAAAGGACUUCACAUCUAUGUCGUACAGGAUGAUCAACUGCCCAUACCGGACUUCUCAUCAGUAGAAAACGACAUUCAAGACAGCAACGAAGAAAACAAAACCGUAGAAGAAAAAGAAGAGAAUGAAGAAAAUGAAAAGAAUAGUGACCUUAACUUGGAUGCAGAUGAUAGUGUUGAACAAUUAAAUGCAAUGGACGUUGCCUCGCCAUGCGUGUUAAAUACAACAAAAGACGCUUGCCUUCAGACAGAUGAAACUGGUUCACGAUCUGAACCAAUAGAGCUGAACGGCUCUGGUGGAGUUCAUAUAUACAUCACACAAGAUGAUCAGGUUCCACACCUAGGCAGUAUAGUCAACCUAGAUCGGUCCCUGGGGCGGGAUAGUGGUGUGCAGAUCCUCCGUGACGACAGCGGAUUACAGUUUGCCCCAGAAACGUCCACACCCCGGGAGCCACUAGACCGUGUGACCAGCACACCUAAGAAAGGGAACUCAUUCAUCCAGACCACCCCCACAAGGAUAUCUGUACCGAGUAUGUACAGCUCAAUUAAUAACGAUGAGGAGGAUGGUGGAAAUCCAGAAGAAGGUGACGCCGAGCAAAGCUUUAGGGCAGCAGAGGAUGCUCUCAAAGAGUUGGAGUUAGAAGAGAACCUGACUAAAGUUAAGAGUAUGGUGAGAGACAACAUGAGGUCGGCCAGCAGAUUGACAGAGACGGAAACACUGCAGGAGGCCAUCAACGACUUCAAACGAAUGAAGCUUCAAGAAGAAGAAGGGGAUCUCUCGUUUGCAGAGGAUCAACUAGAAAUCAUGACAUGCGCGAAAGAAGCCUACAAACGACACCGUUCAUGGCGGUCUCGGACGAUGGACGUGUUCAAACAUUACUGGAAAGUGAUGAAAGACAAAUCAGCACAUGUUGACGAGACACUAAAUGACGACAUCGAUCACGAGAUACAACGAUUACGUCACAUCAACACAAUGUGUAGGAAAAUGGCCAAGGCAGCAAAGAACAUCGGACGCAACUGGGAAGCUCUCAUUGAAAGCGAACAGAGCUUUAACGAGAUCCUGAACGAACAACCGGAAGUAAACAAAAGUCUCGGAGAAGAUCUCGGUAACACAACCUUACUUCAGCAUGAAAUGAUUGGUGCCGAAACGGAAAUGAAAAGUGCUUUCGAUGAACUGUCAGGAUCAUUGGACCAAAUGUGUGCAUCUAUGAUAGGUAAAGCAGAGAUAUCAGCACGAGAACUGGAGGCGGCGAGGAUGGACAUGGAACGAGAAACACUGUUGAUUGCACGGUCUGAACGUGAGAGAGCAAGAUCUCGUUCACCGGGAAGAAACGCGAGAUCGACAUCAACUUCUCCGUCACGUGCCGGGAGUACAAGAUCUCGCGCCAAAGAACUUGCCAUUAAAACGUCCUUCUACGCCCUUCGCACUAACAUACUUGAUGAGAUCCGCAAGGGGAAUGAAACUGUGGAGGAAGAGAUUCGACAGAAACUCGCUGAACUACAGCGACAUAUGGCUGAGUUUCAUGGAGGCAACAAUUCCUCGAGGAAUGAUUCCCUUAAUGAAAUGUUCUCUUCCUGGAGCGCAAAGUUGGAGUAGGAAAAACUGACAUUCAAAAUAUUACCCAUGUGGGUAAUCCGUCCAUAUAAUAUGUAGUGUUUUAGCGGGCGACAUUAUAAUGACAUACAAAAUGUAUUGUGUCGAGGAACAAAGACAAUUCGUACAGAGCGUUUUAGUGCGUAUUACUAAUUAGAUCAUAAUUCAUGAUUAAUUAUAUUAAUUAGAGUCAGGAUAGAAAGGGAUUCAUGAUUGAUGUAGAUGCAGCUAUUAGCCGAAUUUGAGUUCAUUGUUUCAUGAUACCAAACGGCAAACAUACCCAAUUAGAUGCCAUACCAUAUGACUGUAAUAUUGAUUGAUAAGAAAAUAUCGUGAAAAAUUGAUUUUGUAAACAUCAUUCAUACAUAGUCUACAGAAAUACGCACCUUUUCUGAAUCCAUAAACUUUCCAACUAUAUAUAACUUUUAUGGAAUUUGUAAUUGACUGUUUUUUACUGAAAAUCACAAGUUGUAAAUCCCAUAAAACAUCUUUUCAUAUUUUUAAUAAAAAAAUUGAUCUUCCCUACAGAGGCAGGAAAUGAGGAUGAUUGGUGAUUCAGUUCCAAGCUUUAUGACUUACAAUCAAGCAUUAACAUCUAAACCGUAUCGGUAUAUCAUUAUACACUUGCCGAAAUGAUGCGUAUGAUAUCAUGCCGAUCAAGUCACAUAAGUUUAAAUCUUAAUAUUUUCAAUUCAGAACUACUACUUUUUUUAUUUCAUAUUUUGUGAUUUUAUACGUUAUUUUGUAUAUCUAAUUUAUCAAUGUUACUUAAUCAUUAAUCCGAGCCAUCAUGUUAGUUAAAAUACCUUAACAUUAUCACUUACCAUUACCAAUUUCAAGUCAUGAAUAUUGACUGAAAUGGGUUUUCCAUUUAUUUGCAAAUCUCGAUGAGAUUUAACUCACCAAAAUCAAAAUGUACAUAAGUAAGCUUAUAUCAAAACCCUAAAAUCUCGAAAUUAAGUGGUACCAUUUUAAUGUUUAUAUCAAAUAUUGGAUUUUGUCAGUACAGCUAUGACCACUAAUAUUUUGUGUGCUAGCAUUUGCCUUACACAGCCUAUUCCACAGAUACAUCCAAUACUAUCGAUUCUGAAAGUUACCAUUUCAGUCUUAUACCAGCAUGUAGUAAAAAUAAUCAAUAUGCACACGUUCAUUACCAUAUCACUUAAAGAAUUAUAAGGCGGCUUUUUAUUUUGUUUGAUAUCAAUAGGUAGUUUAAGAUGUUCUUCAAAAUAGCUGAUUAGUUUAGGCUAACAUUUAUAUUAUCACUAUUCUAGUCAAAUCGUUCACACAUAAGGUCAAUUCUGACGUAAAAAAGAUUCUAUACAUUUUCAGAUUUUUCGAGAUUUUAGGGUAGGCCUUAUGAGGUUUUCUAAUGUUUCAUGAACAUUUAAAUAUGUGAAGUGCUAUUUGAUAUAUUUAUCAAUUACAUUAAUAGAUACUGUUUUCGAGGGACUUCAUUUUUCUUCUUAUUUUCGAGGAAGUGAUUAAAACGGGGAAAAAGAAAUUAAUAUCAAAAACAAGGACAUUAUGACCCGAUUAAUAUAAAUAAUGUCUGCGAACUUCAUUUUUUGGUGAAUUUUUUUUUUUUUUCUUUUUUUGAAAUCGUGAAAAUCCGAACCCUCCAAAACUACAACCUUAUCAGUAUCAUGUUGUUAUAGGUUUAACUAUAUGAAAGCAGUGCCGUAGAUGAUAUGACUUUACACUGACCGAUAUUACAUAGCUGUGAUACCGUUAUCUUACACGGAAUUAAUUGUUGCUGUUCUUUGUUUUUGUUUUUGUUGUUGAGAUUGGUUUUGUGUCUAAGUUAUAUUCACAUAAAUCAAUUUAUUAUCGAGUGUGAAAAGGAAAUAGUGUAAUAUUAUAAUAAAGUAUACCCACAAUG